AUGAAUCAUAGGAUAUAUAGUGGAAAUAUAUUUGUGUAAAGUAGUUUAACUGCAAAAGACGUAUGAUGUGGAUGCACAAAUUUAAGCUGCUGUUGUGGAAGAACUGGAUUCUUGUCAAAAGACAUCCAAUUGCCGCAAUUUUUGAAGUAGUCUUUCCAAUCCUAAUUGUUAUUUUAUUCACUGCUUUGAGAAAGGCAGCAUCAAUUGAAAAACAUCCAGAGCUACAUUUUGAUCCAUUUGAAUCCUCACAUCAUCCAUGCAAAGUUGGAUAUAUUUAUGAAAAAGAUAAUAACGAUAUAACAAGAUUGGGAUUUGCACCAAACAAUCCCUUCUAUUCAGAUCUCGUAAAAUCAGCACUUGGAACUAAAUUUAGUUAUUCUGGAUUCAAAACUGAGGACGAAUUAAAUGAUUGGAUACGAAAUAAAUCAAUAAUAGGGCCUGUUGCUGCGAUAAACUUUGACAUGGCACAAUCUAACUUGACAGCUCCAAAGCAACUUAUCUACACAAUUCGUAUGCCACAAGAAGCAACUGAAGACAAUUGGGGAACUGAUCAAUUAUUCUACGUCAGUCCAUCAAAACAAAGUCGAAUUGGAGCAGCUAAAGGAAUUCCUAACACUCCGCCUUAUUAUGGAUCCUGCUUCCUUCACAUCCAAGAUCAUCUGGAUCGAGCAUUCAUUAAGCAACAAAACGCAUCAAUUGACAUUCCCUUAUUGGCACUAAAUCCCUUUCCAUAUCCAAGUGUCGUUGAGGAUUUAUUCUUAUUGUUUGCAACUUCUUUAUUUCCCAUGCUGUUCGUUUUGUCAAUGAUUCUGCCUGUUAAAAACAUCAUUAAGAAUAUAACAGUCGAGAAGGAGACACAGCUAAAGGAAAGUAUGAAAAUGAUGGGUUUGACAAGUGGAAUGCACUGGAUAUCGUGGUUUACAAAAUGUUUUAUCAUGCUCAUUAUUCCAUUCACCAUUAAUUGCAUUUUAAUGACAACAACACUAGUUACUGACCAUGCAAUGUUUUUAAAGACGAAUCCGUUAAUUGUGUGGAUCUUUCUAGUCAUUUAUAUAAUAUCCGUGAUAAUGCUUUGCUUCCUGAUUGCUGUCGUUUUUACAAAGUCAUCGACUGCAGCAAAUGUUGGAUCACUUAUGUUUUUCCUUACAAUCUUACCGUACUCAUAUUUUGGAGAGAAAUUUCAUUCAUUUCCGUACAUAUUCAAGAUAAUCUUUGCUUUAUUGCCCAACACAAAUAUGGGAGUUGCUGUUUCAAUGCUUUUAAAUGCUGAGUCAAACAGAGACGGAAUUCAUUUUAUGAACUUAUUUAAGCGUGAUCUAGAUAUGAAGUUUUCAUUUGGUGAGCUAUUGCUUUAUAUGCUGAUUGGCAGUAUUAUUCAAAUGCUUCUUACAAUCUACAUUGAACGAGUCUUUCCUGGUGAAGUUGGAAUUAGUGAUCCUUGGUAUUUUCCAUUUGUGCCAUUUAUUAAAUAUUUAAAGAAGAAAAUGGGAUACACGACAUUAUCGAAUGAAGCCGUGUUGACUGAACGGAAAUUAUCAAAUCCAGAUUAUGAGGAAGAACCUGAUAAUUUACGGUCUGGAAUUAGAAUUGUCAAUUUAAGUAAGAAGUUUAAUGAUAAAUUUGCUGUUGAUAAAUUGUGCCUGAAUUUAUAUGAGAAUCAAAUAAGUGUGCUGCUUGGACAUAAUGGAGCCGGAAAAACGACAACCAUGUCAAUGUUAACGGGUCUUUAUUCCCCAACUGCUGGAACUGCUUAUAUUGAUGGAAAGGAUAUAAGGACAGAACUCGAUGAAGCUAGAAAAUCACUUGGAAUUUGUUGUCAGCAUAACGUACUUUUUGAAGAAUUGACUGUUCGAGAGCAUUUGUUGUUCUUUUGUUCCUUAAAAGGUGUUGAGGAUGAACGAUUAGUGAUGGAAGAAACUAAGAAAUAUACUGAAAUUCUUGGAUUGACUGAGAAACUUGAUACAAUGAGUAAAGAAUUGUCUGGCGGAAUGAAACGAAGAUUGUCGAUAGCUAUUGCUUUAUGUGGAAAUGCUAAAAUUGUCAUUCUUGAUGAGCCUACUUCUGGUAUGGAUCCUGAAGCUCGACGAAAGCUUUGGGACUUAUUGAUUGAGGAAAAGAAGGGACGAACUGUCUUGUUGAGCACACAUUUUAUGGAUGAAGCUGACAUCCUAGGUGACAGAAUAGCAAUAAUGGUUGAAGGCGAGCUACGUACAGUUGGUUCGUCAUUCUUUUUAAAAAAGAAAUUUGGUGCUGGAUAUCGGUUAAUCUGUGUAAAGGCAUUUGGAUUUCAAAGCGUGGAUGUGCUUAAUGUCCUGCAUAACUAUACACCAGAUGCAAUAAUAGAAUCAGAAACUCAGACAGAAGCUACAUUCGUGAUUAGUGAAGAUAAGUUGCCAUUAUUCGAACAAAUAUUUAAGGAACUAGAAGAUAAUUCAGAGAAACUUGGCAUAUCAAGUUUUGGAUGUAGUUUGACGACCUUAGAAGAAGUGUUUCUUAAGUUAGGAAUCGAGAAUCUUACGCAUGGUGAGAGAGUUGACGAGACAGAUGGAAAUCAACAUGAAAUAGACAUAGACAGAGAAACAUCAGUAAAAGUAACUGGAUAUAAGUUAGUUCUAUAUCAGAUUUAUGCAAUUCUCCUUAAAAGAUUUCACGUUUUUCGUCGAGCAUGGAAAAGUAUUGUGUAUAUAGCUUUAAUCUCAGUUUGGAUGAUUGUUGUUAUCAUGAGUGUUCCACGAUUAAGCUUUAAUGACAUUAAUAAGCUUAAAAUAUCACUGGAUACGUAUGAAGAGACACAUACUGUGAUUGAAGAUAGAGGAUCUGAUUUUGUGGCAUCAUAUAAAUCCUUACUCUCUGGCAAGGAUGAAGUUGAAGUUAUUAAGACAGAUUUUAGUCAUUUCAUUUUGGAAAAGUCCAACGAAUCAUUUUCAACAGUCAUGCAAAAGUAUCUAGUUGGUGUGACACUCGAAAAAGAAUCAAUUACUGCUUGGUUUAAUUCACAGCCAUAUCAUACAAUUCCACUAACAAUAUCCAUGAUUAAUCGAGCAAUUUUAAAGAGUGUUGCUGGAAAUGAAUAUGAUAUUACUGUAUACAAUAAGCCAUACUCGAUGCCAUUAAAUGAUAAUGAAUCUCAUAUUGCAAUAUUUGAAGAUCCAAAAAAUGUUAUCUUUGCCUUAGUCAUAAUAUUCUUCUUGCUGACAUACUGGCCUGUUAUAUUCAUCGGACCGUACAUAAAGGAACGAGAAUGUCGCGCAAAAUUAUUGCUGUACAUUAGUGGAGCAAGUCGAUAUACUUAUUGGCUGACGUCAUUCUUAUUUGAUUAUAUCGUGUUUUUGAUAGUCUGUUGCUUUAUUAUUGGAAUGAUUGGAGCUUAUCAACGUGAUCAUUAUGCUACAGCUGCUGAAUUGGGAACUUUGAUGGCAAUUUGUUCAUUUUAUAGUUUUGGAAUGCUGCCUUUCAUUUAUGCAUUUUCAUAUUUGUUUACCAAACAUUCAACUGGCGAAACUUAUCUGUCGCUGAUAUCCUUGUUAUUGGGUCUUCUUUUUGGAGUCUAUCAACUUCUAAGGUUUGGUUUAGAAAGUGCUUGGCUGAGAGGACUCAUUGAAUCCUUAUACUGGGUUGGAUUGCUGCUUGCACCAUUUUCAUUAACUGAAGCACUAGUCAAACUAGGAUUUUCAUUCCUUAAUCAAAAAUCAAUCUUCACAUUCGACCGAGAUACAGGAAUUGGAAUUAAUAUUGUCUUUAAUUUGCUUGCUGGAUUUUUGUUCCUUGGCUUUUGUAUUUUAAAAGAUCAUCUUGUGUUUGAAUGGAUUUAUUACAAAUAUCUUAAUCGUCCAAGAGCCUUGCCAUUGCUUAGUGAAAAUUUAGACAGUGACGUGAAUGGUGAAAUACAGAAAGUUAAGGAAAUGUCAAUGGAUGAAGUUAAGAACAGCAAUUUAGUGCUGAAAGGAGUCAGUAAAUAUUAUAACAAUCUUUUAGCUGUAAAUCAACUUUAUUUAGACGUUGAAAGUUGUGAAUGCUUUGGACUACUUGGAAUUAAUGGUGCAGGAAAGACUACAACAUUUAAAAUGAUGACUGGCGAUGAACUAAUAACAGCAGGUGAUGCAUUCAUUAGAGGAUUCAGCAUGAAAAGUGAUUUGCAAAAAGUUCAUAGACUUAUUGGAUAUACACCACAAUACGAUGCCUUAAUUCCAGAAUUGACUGGAAACGAAACUUUAAAAAUCUUCUCCUUAAUUCGUGGAAUUUCAAAAUGUGAAAUUUAUCAGAAUAUCAAUCGAAUGUCUAGUGAAAUGGGAUUUCAACAGCAUCUCGGGAAGCAAAUUAAAGCUUUUAGCGGUGGAAAUAAGAGGAAAAUGUCGACAUGCUUGGCACUGCUUGCAUAUCCACAACUUAUCUUUUUGGAUGAACCAACAACAGGCAUUGAUCCACAAGCAAAACGUCAGUUAUGGGAUGUAAUUACUAAAACACGAAAUUCAGGUCGAGCAAUUGUUAUAACUUCACAUAGCAUGGAAGAAUGUGAAAAUCUCUGCACAAAAAUUGGAAUUAUGGUCAACGGUCAGUUCAAGUGUCUAGGAUCUGUACAAUAUCUCAAAAAUAAGUAUUCAAAAGGCUUUGUUUUGACUAUAAAGAUGGGUAAAGAUGAUACAGACUUCCAAAUUGAGAUACAAAAUCGAGUUUUAGAAGCAUUUCCAUCAGCUGAAUUGAAGGAAAAGUAUUUGGACAUUCUUACUUUCCACAUUGACUCUACAAACCUCCAAUGGUCUCAAGUUUUCGGUAUUUGCGGACAAAUGAAGAAAGCUAUCAAUAUUAGUGAUUAUUCUCUUUGUCAGAUGUCUUUAGAGCAAGUAUUUUUGUUGUUUAGCAAGAGUGGAAUCUACCAAAAUGUUUAAGGUUGAAAUAAAUUCACAAAUCAGCACCAUAAGACUUGUUUAACAAAUAAAACUUAUUGUAACGCUUUUAUUUUAUGCCUCAUUAUUAUUAUUAUAUAUACAAUUUAAGGACUGUGAG